CUUAUGUGGAGAACAGCAUGGUCGAUACAAUCAACUGCAUCUUCGUCUCGAUACCUUGCCAGACAGAAACGUGAUCCUUUUGUCAAAGCGAGGAAUACAUCAGGCAAUGAUCACGGCACACAAUAUGUCUCUCGAUCUGCAUUCAAGCUAGAACAAUUGAACAAAGCCUAUCGUUUCUUGGGAAAAGGUAAGAUUGUGGUUGACUUGGGCGCUUCACCGGGAGGAUGGACUCAAGUAGCCUUACGAGCAGGAUGUGAACAUGUAUUCGCAUUGGACUUGUUGCCGUUACAUUCUUCUAUACAGCAACAGGCCAGUCGUACGAAUGCUCGUUUGACUGCUCUACAAGGGGAUUUCCGAUCUUCAGAAAUACAGACAAAGCUAGAGGAAAUCAUCGGGAAAGGCGGAGAACGGAAAGUGGACGUGAUCAUGAGCGAUAUGAUGGCCAAUACGUCCGGAAACCCGAUACGUGAUAGCGUUGCAUCGCUAGAUCUGAUUCAUUCUGCUUUCUCUUUUGCAAAGUCUAUGCUUAAACGCUCUGACACGAAAAGCUCAGAGAAUGACUCUUCUGUACUCAUCAUGAAGUACUUCGAAGGACCCGAUGCUCAAGAAUUCAAGAAACAAUAUUUGCAACCAAAUUUUUCACGCAUAGUCAACAAAAAGGUCGCUGCUAGUCGCUCAGAAAGUAGCGAAAUGUACUUUAUCUGUUUUGAUUUAAAAGAGUGAUGUAUUAUAAUAGAGCAAUGCCAUUUCCAGAUCCAGGAAAAAAAGGAGAUAGAAUGAGUACAUACUUUGUUAGCAUCAGUGUACCCUUGGCUUGCGUCUGAAUGCUUCUUCAUGUGCUGGAUG